AUGGCGGCAGAACAACACCCGCUCGCUCUGCCGCCGAACCUGUCCCCAGACGACCUCGAUGCGCUUUCGGAGCUCUCUAUAGUCCUCGCCAAGGUUCGGGCUAGCAUCCAGUCCUCGACCGGGCUGACCGCCGCCACCGGUGUCACACCCGGUGGUGUCAGUACACAUGGGCAGCAGCUCUCGUUCAAGGACGUUCCUGGCGCGACUGAUGGCUUGAAGCACAAGGUGCAGCAUGCGCGAGCCCAGGUUCGUGCUCUGCCGGACAUGAACCGCUCCAUCGAGGAACAAAUCCGCGAGAUUAAGGAUUUACAAGCUCGGAUCGAGAAGCAGCGCGCACUGCUGGAAACUUUGCGCGAGGGAGGUGUCAGGUUCGGCAAAAGAGACGACGCAACUAGCGUGGAUAAAAUGGAGACAUGA